GCGCGCGCCGGCCGGGAGGACCGGCCGUCCCGGGGUCCUUGAGCGAGCGCCGGGAGCCAUGGCCUUGAGGCUGCUGCGGGUCGCGGCGGCGGCCGCCCCGCGCGCGAAUGGGUUUCACUCGAGUGCCCAGUGCGGGAGGCGCUACGGGCCUCUGGCCUUCGUGCUGGGUGAGAAAACCAGCAAGAAGCUGACGGAGUACAGCAAGGUCAUCACCGUGGACGGCAACAUCUGCUCCGGGAAAGGCAGACUGGCCAAGGAGAUCGCCCAGAAACUCGGCCUGAAGCACUUUCCGGAAGCGGGGAUCCAUUAUGCCGACAGCACCACGGGUGACGGGAGGCCCCUGGACGUGGAGUUCAGUGGGAACUGCAGCUUGGAGAAGUUCUACGAUGACCCGAAAAGUAACGACGGCAACAGUUACCGCCUGCAGUCCUGGCUCUACGCCAGCCGCCUCCUGCAGUAUGCGGACGCUCUGGAGCACCUGCUGAGCACAGGCCAGGGCGUGGUGCUGGAGCGCUCCAUCUUCAGCGACUUCGUCUUCCUGGAUGCCAUGUACAAGCAGGGCUUCAUCAGGAAGCAGUGUGUGGACCAUUACCACGAGGUGCGGAAGGUCACCCUCUGUGAGUACCUGCCCCCCCACGUCGUGGUCUACGUGGACGUCCCGGUCCCCGAGAUCCAGAGCCGGAUCCAGCAGAAAGGGAACCCGCACGAGAAGAAAGUGUCCGCUGCCUACCUCCAGGACAUCGAGGACGCCUACAAGAAAACUUUCCUCCCAGAGAUGAGUGAAAAAUGUGAGGUUUUGCAGUACACGGCAAGGGAAGCUCAAGAUGCAGAAAAGGUGGUGGAGGACAUUGAAUACCUCAAGUAUGACAAGGGGCCGUGGCUCGACCAGGACGAUCGCACGUUCCACAAACUGCGGAUGCUGGUGCAGAACAAGCUGGAGGUGCUGAAGUACACGACCAUCCCCGUGUACCUCCCCGAGAUCACCAUCGGCGCCCACCAGAGCGACCGCGUCUUCCGCAAAUUCAGCGAGCUGCCGGGGCGCAAGUACUGCCCCGGCUACAACGAGGACGUGGGCGACCAGUGGAUCUGGCUGAAGUGAGCAUCAGGCGCCCCACCACGGCCGAGGACAGUCUGCGGCGCCCAGGCGGCGGGAAGCGGGGUCAGCCCGCAUGGGACCUCCCCUGCACCACUCGGACCCUGAGGAAUAAACGUCUCUGCCUCUGUG